GCUGUCUGAACCAACCAUCACGCAUUGCUCGAAUCAAACAUUUUUCUUAUAAAGUUUCGACUUUUUUUUUGAAGAAGAAUUACGAUAAGAAAAGAAUCGUAUAAUUGAUCUUUCCUUCACUUUCUGGGAUUCAUAAACACGCUUACGCAAUUUCAAGAGACACCAAAGACAGAGAGACAGAGACAGAGACAGAGACAGAGACAGAGACAGAGACAGAGAGAUAGACAGAUCGGCUCUGAUGGUGGAGAAUACGAUGCCGGCUAAACUUAGCAGGGCUUCUUCGUCUUCUUCUUCAAGUUCGGACCGUGCUUCGGUGAAAAUCGAGGAGAUUGAAGGCGGUGGUGGUAGUGGCUUCAUCAAUGGCUCUGAAGAAGUAGAGAGCAUCCCACCAGAUCCUCCUGUUACCUCAAUUGCCGACAACGCUGUAUCUGAAUCUUCAGGUAUCGUGUUUGGACUCAUUCCCUUCUGUGUGGUUUUGAAGUCCAUUGCUUGGCUUUUGUGUGUGUAUUCAGGUGCUGUCAAUAAAAGCUUUUCACGAGUACGGACAAUGCCUGUGGAGAGUUCAUCGAGUAGUGAUAAGACUGAAUCACCAUCAUCAUCAUCAUCAUCAUCCAAGCCUAAGUUAGUUAAAUCAAAAACUGAGAGGCAGCAGAAAUCUACUCACAUUCUUGCCGAGGAUGCCGCUAAGAUCUUCGAUCACACAAUCUCUGCUGGGAAGAAGCUGAAAUUGCUGAACCGUAUAGCUACUGUGAAACAUGACGGAACAGUUGAGUUUGAAGUUCCAGCAGAUGCUAUCCCACAACCUAUUCCCGUAGACCGCGAAGAAGAAUCCUCCAGAAAUGGUUUUUGCUCUGAUGAGGUGGACUUUAAGCACAUCCCUCCUAUGCAGAUUGUGAUGCUGAUCGUUGGAACACGCGGAGACGUUCAGCCUUUUGUUGCAAUAGCCAAACGCCUCCAGGAGUAUGGGCAUAGAGUCAGGCUUGCAACACAUGCGAAUUUUAAAGAGUUUGUUUUGGCUGCUGGUUUGGAGUUUUAUCCUUUAGGUGGAGAUCCUAAAGUGCUAGCCGGUUAUAUGGUUAAGAACAAAGGGUUUUUACCAUCAGGCCCUUCAGAGAUUCCGAUUCAACGGAAACAAAUGAAGGACAUCAUAUAUUCUCUGCUUCCAGCAUGUGAAGAACCUGAUCCAGAUUCUGGAGUCUCCUUUAAAGCUGAUGCCAUUAUAGCCAACCCUCCAGCAUAUGGGCACACUCAUGUGGCAGAGGCACUGAGGAUACCGAUUCAUGUAUUUUUCACCAUGCCAUGGACGCCAACAAGUGAGUUUCCACACCCUUUGUCACGUGUUAAACAAUCAGCAGGAUACAGACUUUCUUAUCAUAUCGUUGAUUCAUUGAUCUGGCUUGGGAUAAGGGACUUGAUCAAUGACCUUAGGAAAAAGAAACUGAAGCUACGUCCUGUUUCUUAUCUAAGUGGAACACACGGUUCUGGCUCUAAUAUUCCAUAUGGAUAUAUGUGGAGUCCUGACCUAGUCCCAAAGCCUAAAGACUGGGGGCCUCAGAUUGAUGUAGUGGGGUUUUGCUUUCUUGAUCUUGCAUCAAACUAUGAACCUCCUGCAGAACUUGUGGAGUGGCUAGAAGCUGGUGACAAACCUAUAUAUAUCGGCUUUGGUAGUCUUCCUGUCCAAGAACCAGAGAAAAUGACUGAGAUCAUUGUGGAAGCACUUCAAAGAACUAAACAGAGAGGGAUCAUCAACAAAGGCUGGGGUGGUCUUGGAAACUUGAAAGAACCCAAGGACUUCGUUUACUUGUUGGAUAAUGUCCCACAUGACUGGUUGUUCCCAAGAUGCAAAGCAGUGGUUCAUCAUGGUGGUGCUGGAACAACGGCUGCAGGUCUUAAAGCAGCGUGCCCAACAACUAUUGUGCCCUUCUUUGGAGACCAACCUUUUUGGGGAGAACGAGUGCACGCUAGAGGAGUAGGUCCUGCACCAAUCCCAGUGGACGAAUUCUCACUCCAUAAGCUUGAAGAUGCCAUCAAUUUUAUGCUGGACGAUGAGGUGAAGAGCAGUGCAGAGACGUUAGCAAAGGCGAUGAAGGAUGAGGAUGGUGUGGCUGGAGCUGUGAAGGCUUUCUUCAAACAUCUUCCCAGUACACAACCAAUUUCUCCGGAUCAUAUCCCGGAACCAUCUGGAUUUCUCUCUUUCAGAAGAUGGUUUGCCUGUUCUUAACUUCCUUUCUUACUCCCCAAGAAUCUCCUCUCUUCUCUUGUGCAUUGUUAUCUCUUGUAUGUCUGUUUAUUCUCUUCUUGUGUUCUUUGGUUUUGGUUUUGCAACUACUCACUUAGGCAGAGUGUAACGUUUGUGAAGUACUUGAGGGAGUUUAAUGUUUAGGUGAUGCAUAUAGUUUUUGGCUUGGCAUGAACAGCAAGAAAAUGAAGACAAAGUUCUUUAUGA